GACACAACAGAAAAAACCUUUAAAAAUCAGACUGAUGGACAUAAAAACAAUAGACACAAAAGGAUGGUUUCAUUUGACUCGGAUAUAAGUGCUGGGCAGUUUUACUAUGGGGUUAUUGACGUUUUAGAAUAUGCUGGAUAUCAUGAAGAGUGUCUACUGAAAAGUGUUUGUGAGCUUGCAAGACAUCCGUUGCAUUUUGAAAACGAUUCUGAAGAUGUUGUUAAAGAGAUCCUGCAUUUCUUCCUUACACCAUCAGCACAUCAAUCAUUUGAUUCUGAAAGUGAAUUUGAGGAAAAAGAAUUAUACGAAGAAGCUGAAAGAAUAGGAAAGGAAGGAGGUGAUUGUGAAUUAAUCUAUACUGGAUGCAAAAAAUCACCGCUUUAUUCAAUAUCAAAUUUUAUUUCAACUGAUGAUUAA